GGGGGCGGGGCCUCUCCGGGAGGGGCGGGCCCGGGGCGCCCAGUUCCCGGGCCAGCGGUCGCGGCGGCGCCAGAGCCCGCGGAGGACGGCCGGCAGCGCGCCAGGCAUUGGAGACAUCUGCUUGCAAAGCAAACUUCUCUGCAGGACUAUGGAUGAUACUAGAACUUUACUUGAUAUUAAAGAGUGCCCUGAUCCUGAGAUUCAGAAAAACCGAGUACUAACUCUGGAAGAAUGGCAAGAAAAGUGGGUGGACCACAAAAUUUCAUUUCAUCAAGAGCAAGGACAUCAGCUAUUAAAGAAGCAUUUAGAUUCUUUUCUUAAAGGCGAGAGUGGACUGAGGGUAUUUUUUCCUCUUUGUGGAAAAGCCGUUGAGAUGAAAUGGAUGUUUGCCGACCGAGGACACCGUGUAGUUGGUGUGGAAAUCAGCGAACUUGGGAUACGGGAAUUUUUUAAAGAGCAGGAUCUUUCUUACUCAGAAGAGCCAGUCAUGGAAAUUCCUGGAGCCAAAGUAUUCAAGAGUUCUACAGGGAGCAUCGCCUUGUACUGCUGCAGCCUCUUUGACCUGCCCAGAGCAAAUAUUGGCAAAUUUGACAGGAUCUGGGAUAGAGGAGCAUUAGUUGCUGUUAACCCGAGUGAUCAUAAACGCUAUGCAGAUAUAAUGCUGUCCCUAAUGGGAAAAGGGUGUCACUACCUCUUGUGUGUCCUUUCUUACGAUCCAACUAAAUAUGCAGGUCCACCAUUCUACAUCCCAGAUUCUGAAAUUAAAAGCCUGUUUGGGUCCUUGUGCAAUAUUCACUGUCUCGAGAAGGUUGAUGCUUUUGAGGAGCGACAUAAAAGUUGGGGAAUUGACUCCAUUGUUGAAAAGUUAUACCUAUUUACAGAAAAGUAAACAGGACAUAAAUAAAAGCAAGUAAUAUUCACUUGUUUUUUGAGCUUUGGGGCAACUGAAAAUUAUGUUAUGAUGUGAAACUAUAACAGGUGACUUUCGAAAAAAAUUGCUCACAAAUCUUAUCACAGAUCUUUGCUCCAAAAUGCAUAUAACUUUUCAGAAAACCACUUCCCUCAUUAUUAGAGUAGCUGCCUUUAAAAUGGAGAGCAUGAUCAGGGGUACAAGAUUCUACCUGUGU